GAGGCUGCACUUAUUGCUGAAUUGUUGGACCAGAGAGCCGCCUGGGUUGGGAGGAGACGCCGCUGUUGAGGAGAAGGGGCUGCUUUGCCUGGUUGGAUCUACUCGAGGCCGCCCUGCUUCCGGGCCCCUUUGGGACACCGCCCAUGGUCGCGGACGGAGGAGAGGGGCUUUCUUCUUCGCCUGGCACGGCUUCUUGGGCGCCGCGGAAGCUCAUGCUGGGCAGCCCCUUGCCGUGGGACUGUAUGGGGGGAGAGCGAGGAGCUGGCUUUGCCGCCCGGCUCCAAGAGGACUGAGCCCCGCAAACAGAGCAGGGGCUUCUCCGCCGAGGCGCCUUCUCCUGGGUUUCUUCGCCAAGAGCCCCGACAGUUUCGGGGGGUGGCUGUGUCGCCGAUGAACUGCCUCAAAGAGCCGCUGAGCCUGGAGCGCCUGGGAGCCGGGAGCAAGCUGUGCGCGCCCUCCCCGUCCUCCUCCUCGUCCUCCUCUUCCUCCUCCUCGUCCUCUUCCUCCUGCCAUCACCACCACCCGGCCCUGGUCAUGGCUUCCUCCCUGGCCCCGGGGCAGCCGCGCUCCGCCUUGGAGUCCGGCAAACACCACCGGCUGGAGGUGCACACCAUCUCCGACACCUCCAGCCCCGAGGCCGCAGAGAAAGACAAGAGCCAGCCGAGCAAGAAUGAGGAGCCGGGCGCGGAGGAUCCGUCCAAGAAGAAGCGGCAGCGGCGGCAGCGGACGCACUUCACCAGCCAGCAGCUCCAGGAGCUGGAGGCCACUUUCCAGAGGAACCGCUACCCGGACAUGUCGACGCGGGAGGAGAUCGCCGUCUGGACCAACCUCACCGAGGCCCGAGUCCGGGUCUGGUUCAAGAACCGGCGGGCCAAGUGGCGGAAGCGGGAGCGGAACCAGCAGGCGGAGCUGUGCAAGAACGGCUUCGGGCCGCAGUUCAACGGGCUGAUGCAGCCUUACGACGACAUGUACCCGGGCUACUCGUACAACAACUGGGCGGCCAAGGGCCUGACGUCGGCGUCGCUCUCCACCAAGAGCUUCCCCUUCUUCAACUCCAUGAACGUGAACCCGCUCUCCUCGCAGAGCAUGUUCUCUCCGCCCAACUCCAUCUCCUCCAUGAGCAUGUCUUCCAGCAUGGUGCCCUCGGCUGUGGCAGGCGUCCCGGGCUCGGGCCUCAACGGCCUCAACAACUUGAACAACCUGAGCAACCCGUCGCUCAACUCGGCGGUGCCCACGCCGGCCUGCCCUUACGCCCCGCCGACCCCUCCCUACGUUUACCGGGACACGUGUAACUCCAGCUUGGCCAGCCUGAGACUCAAGGCCAAGCAGCACUCCAGCUUCGGCUACGCCAGCGUCCAGGCGCCGGCCUCCAACCUCAGCGCCUGCCAGUAUGCUGUGGACAGGCCAGUGUGAGAGAGGCCUUGGGCAGAGGACAGGGCUGUCCUGGCGUUCAGAAGACAAAGAGACACUCAAACCAUACAUUAGAAAAAAAUUACUGAGGAGAGUGGGGAGCAAAGAGGGCCAAUGCCACCCUGAACCAACCCUGGCAUCCAAGACAAUGGGGCACUGCUGAGAAACCCCCCACUUUCCCAUCAAGAGAAACAAAACACACCAAGAAGAGAAAGGGGAGGGAAGGGGUUGCAAAGGAUUUCUCUCUCCCUAAAUUGUGACCUUUCCCUUUGAAUUAUUAUUAUUAUUAUUAACAACAACCGAACCAAGUAUUUCCAACAGCUGCAAAGGACAUAGAUGAUAAAUAUAAAUAAAUAUAAAUAUAUAUAUAUAAACACGGACAAAAAAGAACCGUUUUGACUGGAUAUGGUAUGACAUUUUAAUGUUCCUAUAAGCUUGUUAUUUUUUAUGUUUAGCAUUGUUGACAUUGGGGGGAAAAGAAGUUUGGGAGGGGGCAAAUAAAUGGCGGGAAAGGAUGUAAAUAUAUCUAUGGAAAUGUCAAAUUAAUUUUAUAAAAGCAGUUGUUAGUCAUAUCUCCACAGUGUUUUCUUCUCUCUCUCUCUCUCUCUCAAAGUUAGGCUUUUGAAAUAAAGCAUGUUACACAAGAGAUUAGGGAUUUUUUUCUCUCUCUUUCUGUUUCUGUUUUCUUUUCCGCUUGCGAGCAAGGGAAUGUAUAUACUAAAUGCGACAUUGUAUGUUUCUAACAUAUUAUUAUUAUAAUUAAUUAAUUAUUAUUAUUAUUAUUAAAAAAAAGAACCCAAGUCCCAUUGUGUGAAUAUCGGUUUUAGAAUAGUACUUCUGGUGGAUGCAAUGGUGACUCUGAAACUGCAAUGUAAAACAUACCCUGUGUAUAACAUUUCGUAUAAUACUAGUGUUUUUUUUCCCUUUCCAGACAACAUUGGAAAAAAAUGUGUUUUCUUUCAUGGGAGUAAAAUAUACAGCAUACA